AUGGGGUUCUUGACGCUGAUCACUGAUGUUGGCUACAGGCGCUUCCCACAGCUCGACCAGGGUGCGAUCUUCUCGCUCCAGGACGCAUUUAACAGAUUGGAUGUCGAAGACCGAGGCUACUUGGACGAGUCCACCGCAAUCAAAGCCGCUCAACAAUCCGAGCGCCAGCCGUACGAUGUGGUGCGCGCGGCACUGAAGGAUGUCGAAUUGGAUAGCUCCCGACGGGUAGAACUGGAAGACUAUGUUGAUCUCGUCUCGAAACUUCGAACAGCGCCGAGUGGAGGCGCCCCGGCCUCCACCCCCGCGGCCGUGAUCCAAGGGGCCGGUGCCGGUACUGGAGCUUCCCGCCACGUCUCCAAAGGCAGUGUCGGUGGGCGCAUUCAUGUCCAGGGAUCCUCCUCCAACGUCACUCACACAAUUAACGAGGAUGAGCGAACCGAGUUUACCCGCCACAUCAAUGCCGUCCUGGCAGGUGAUGCGGACGUCGGAGAUCUGCUGCCUUUCCCCACGGAUACAUUCGAGAUGUUCGACAAGUGCAAGGAUGGUUUGGUUCUCGCUAAGCUUAUCAACGACAGCGUGCCGGAUACCAUCGAUGAGCGUGUGCUGAACAAGGCUGGGAAGAAGAUCAAGCAGCUUAAUGCGUUCCAUAUGACCGAAAACAACAACAUUGUCAUCAAUUCCGCCAAGGGUAUUGGUUGCUCCGUUGUUAACAUUGGAAGUGGGGACAUUAUUGAAGUGCGCGAGCAUUUGAUUCUGGGCUUGAUUUGGCAAAUCAUCCGCCGUGGUCUUCUCGGAAAGAUUGAUAUCAAGCUCCACCCGGAGCUUUACAGACUUUUGGAUGAAGAUGAGACACUGGAGCAGUUCCUACGCCUGCCCCCAGAGCAGAUUCUUCUGCGCUGGUUCAACUACCACCUCAAGAAUGCCAAGUGGGACCGAAGGGUGACUAACUUCUCGACCGAUGUCAAGGAUGGAGAGAACUACACAGUUCUCCUCAACCAAUUGGCACCCGAUGUUUGCUCCCGCGCUCCUCUGCAGACUCAGGACCUGCUGGAUCGCGCUGAGCAGGUUCUCCAGAACGCCGAUUCGCUUGAUUGCCGCAAGUUCCUGACCCCAACUUCAUUGGUUGCUGGAAACCCCAAGCUGAACCUUGCGUUCGUGGCCAAUCUCUUCAACACACACCCUGGACUUGAUCCAAUCACCGAAGAAGAGAAGCUCGAGGUUGAGGACUUUGAUGCCGAAGGUGAGCGAGAGGCCCGAGUGUUCACUCUGUGGUUGAACUCCCUGGAUGUUCAGCCCGCAGUCAACUCGCUCUUCGACGAUCUCCGUGAUGGCGCUGUCUUGCUCCAGGCCUACGACAAGGUCAUUCCCGGCAGUGUCAACUGGAAACACGUCAACAAGCGUCCCGCUUCUGGUGCCGAAUUGAUGCGGUUCAAGGCCGUCGAGAACACCAACUAUUCUAUCGAGCUUGGUAAAUUCAAUGGCUUCUCUCUUGUGGGAGUCCAGGGCGCGGAUAUUACUGACGGUCAGCGAACCCUGACCCUCGGGUUGGUCUGGCAACUCAUGCGCCGUGACAUCACCAACACACUCUCUGCUCUGGCCCAACGACUGGGCAAGCGCGAGAUUACUGACUCUGAAAUGAUUAAAUGGGCCAACGAUAUGUCCAGCACUGGCGGACGGUCAUCUACGAUACGCAGCUUCAAGGACAAAUCCAUUGGCUCUGGUAUCUUCCUUUUGGAUGUGCUUUGCGGUAUGAAGAGCAGCUAUGUGGAUUACGAUCUGGUCACACCUGGUCGGACCGACGAGGAGGCCUAUGCCAAUGCCAAGCUCUCCAUCAGUAUCGCCAGAAAGAUGGGUGCCACCAUCUGGUUGGUUCCGGAGGACAUUUGCCAGGUCCGCUCUCGUCUGGUCACCACGUUCAUUGGUUCUCUUAUGGCUACUCACGAGAAGAUGUAA